GUCUAGAACUACGCUUGGAGUCGUAACAGUGAAGCACUAUACUUAACAACGAAUCAAUUUGCAAGUUCUGGUUCUGCGUGAUUGAAUCUCAAAGCUUUUCUGCAAUGCUUUAUAAAAGCUACGCCAACGGGCCUUCUUAGCUUGAUAAACAUACGGAAAAGGGUAUACCAGCAUGGGGAGUAGAUGCCCCGUGCGCUUAUUGGCCGCACGAUAAUGAGGUUGGGCGUCCUGCCGGGGAUCGCAGAUGAAACCGGCGGAGCCACAGGAAGACCUCAAGAAGGCCUCUUUCGAUGAACCUGCCAAGUUCAGGAAGCAUACAGCGCUGAGCGCAAUGAAGGCGAGCGACUCUUCGUUACGGUCCCUUUUCAACCUCAGCAAACCGGACAAAGCCCUGUUCAAUGGUCUCUCCCUGCGGGAGGACGGCGCGCAGUACUACCUGCGGGAGGAGAUCCGCGCGGCUCGCGACUCGGUGACCUCGCUGGAUGGGGCGGUCUCGUGCGCACAGAGCUUCCGGGAGAAGGCCACGAAGCUGCUGGAGGAGGCUCACCGGGCGCUGGGCAGGCUGGAGCAGGCGUGGGCCUACGGGGACGAUGCACGGGAUCUGAUCACGAUCGCCUGCGAAAUUAAAUGCGCGGCGCGGCGGGGCAUCACGCUGGUCGACGUGUACGGCAAGUACAGCACCAUGGUCAAAAUCAUGACGCUGUUCAUGCGCUCCUUCAUCCACUCCAAAUUCGACAAGCAAAUCGAGCACCUCAAGACCCUGAUCCCGCCCGCGGAGCUCAUGCGUGGCGCCGCCAACGCCGGCCGCCCCACCGGCGUCAGCUCUCCUACCCAUCCCGACGGCGCCGCUGCCGCCGCCAGUGCUGCAACCCUGCCCGCCAGCACCGGUCUCUCCCCACCCGCCACCAGCACAAGCAGCGCUGCAUCCGCAGCCCCAGGUUCCCUCCCGCUGCCUCCCAUGCCACCAGCCCAGCCGCAGCCCUCCAUGCAGCCCCCCUCCUCCCAGGGCCUCAGUCGUACCUCCGCCUCGCACCAGCAGCAGCUCCAGCCGCUGCCUGCCACGCCGUACUCCACGGCGCACCACCUGCCGUCGGGGCCGCUGGUGGGCAUGCUGCUGCGGCCCAGCAAGCACGACCGCGUGUAUGCCAUGGCCUACGUGCCGCCGGCGCAGGCACCGGGGGAGCAUGUGUGCAUUUGGUGGUCGGCGGGCCAGGCGCUGGAGUACUACUCGGAAGCCACGCAGUCCACGACGGGCUUUACGAUUGAGAAGCCCGCACUGAACGUGACGGCGCUGGGGAUCGAUGACGACGGCAACGUGUGGACGGGGCAUGCGAAGGGGCUGGUGCGCGUGCGGCCGAAGCAGCAGUGGGGGGUCAUGGUGGAGGAUAAGGCCUUCUCGUCGGCGGUUAAGGCCAUCACAUUUGACCGUGCGGGGCGCGCAUGGAUUGGGGAUGAUGACGGUCGUAUCAAGGUCCUCGCCUACGACUCCCGGGCCGGCCGGCUGGUAGCCGUUGCCUCGCUGCAGCGCUCCCCCGUGCUGUUCGCAAAGAUGAAGGGCGCCCUGGCGGACACCACUCGCUUCUUCGGCAAGCGGCACGGCGGCUCCAGCAGCACCAGCACCGGCUCGCCCAGCUCCGCAGCUGGGUCCGCAGGCGCUGCUGCUGCGUGCAGUCCGCCGAUUGAGGGCCCUGUGCGCUGCAUCUUUGUGCGCGGCGGGCGCGCGUGGGCCAGCGGCGGGCGGUCCACUGGGUGGCUGCAGCUCUGGGACGCCAUCUCCUUUGAGGGUGUGGACGUCUACGACUGCAACGGCUUCGGCCCCUGCAACGCAAUGACCGCCCUGCGCUGGCCCUCCUCCGGCCGCUCCUCCGACGGCCCCUGCCUCCUCCGCUCCUCGGCCCAACGCUACCCGCCCAACAGCGAUGACAGCACCCACCCGCAACCCGCCACUUCCUCCAUCACCACGGCCCCCUCCUCCUCCUCCGGCUCCUGGCGCCUGCUGACCGGCCAUGAAAACGGGCAGCUGCUGCUCUGGCACCCUGAGCACAACUCGCUGGCGCCGCUGCUGCGUAUCGGGGAGCCGGGCAGCCCCUGUCGCGGCAUCGCUACAUUUGAGGCCUUCCAUUUGGUCGCCACGGGCCAUCAGAACGGCGACCUGCACCUGUUCGUGCAGCCUACGUUGGAAAGCGGGUUGCCGCCCGGCUCCAACUCGGCGUCACCGUCGUCGUUUGGCACGCUGCGGCCGCGGACGGUCACCGUCCAUGCGCACAAGAGCCGUGUGGAGCGCAUGAUCCACUCCGCCAACUCCUGCGUCACCGGCUCCUGUCUGGGCACCAUCCGCCUGUGGCACGCAGCCGACCUGGCGGCGGAGGCGCACCGGCAGGGGCUGCUGUCGCAUGCAACGUCGUACUCCUCGCUGCAGGCCAUAGCUGCUGUGGCGAGCGCGGGUGGUGUUGGCGGCGGCGGGGCCGGUGGGGGUAUCAAUCCGGUGACCAGCCUGCAGCCGCUGGGGUCGAGGUACACGGCGACGUCGAGUUUAGGUGAUGUCCAGCUUACGCAACCGCAGUACGGAACAUCCGCUCAGUUCCACCACGACUCCGUCAAGCGGCUGGGUUCGGUUUCGGAGCUCAGCCAGUGCACCACCACUGGCACCCCCACCACGGCAGGCGGGCAGGGCGGCAGCGCCAGCGGCUCCAACACCGCGCCCACCAUGUCCGCAGCGCUGUCGGCGGCGCUGUCGCAAUCCUCCAUGCAGUUACAGCAGCUGCAGGCGGGGGGUGUCGGGGGUGGUGCGGCCACCCACGCUCUCAUGGGGUUGGGGUUGGGGACGCGGCACACCAGGCAGCCUUCCAAGGACAGUGCGGAUGCGGGCGGUGGAGGGGGCACGCUAACACACCAGAGCAGCGGCGUAACCGCCGACCCGGGCGGUCCCUCCCAGCCACUGCAUCAGCAGCAGCAACCACUAGCCAGCCAGGCCGCCGCCGCCUUCCCGCACUUCCAAACCAUCGACGCCUCGGAGCUCAGCUUGCAGAAGAUCAUCGGCAAGGGCGGGUACGGCACGGUGUGGCUGGCGGAGUGGACGGGCUGCCAGGUGGCUGUGAAGGAGCUCAUCGGGCUGCAGGGGGGGCUGGGGGCGGACGACAAGGAGUACAUCGCGCUGAUCAACGAGGUGACGCUGCUGGGCAGCCUUAGCCACCCCAACAUCAUGCGAUUCCUGGCGAUGUGCAUGGACCCUCCCAAGAUCGUGAUGCAGUACUACCCGCACGGCAGCCUGUUCGACCUGCUGACCCGCGGGGCGCAGGGCAACCCGCGGGCCAUCAAGGACCUGAGCUGGAGCAAGCGGCUGGACAUGCUGCGUGACGUGGCGGCGGGCAUGCAGUACCUGCACAGCCGCAAACCGCCCGUCAUACACGGAGACCUGAGGUCUCCCAACCUGCUGCUUGACCUGACCAUUGACAAGGACCGGCCGCGCAUGCACGUCAAGAUUGCGGAUUUCGGGCUGGCACGCAUUGCCACCGGAGCCAGCGUCAUGGUGUCCAAGACGACCAACCCGCGCUGGUUGGCACCGGAGGUCAUCAAGAACAGCUCUGCGGGCAAGGCAGCAGACGUCUACAGUUUCGCCAUCAUCAUGUGGGAGAUGCUGACGUGGCAGCGGCCGUACGAGGACAUGCAGUCCUACCAGGUCAUGUACUCCACCGUCACAUGGAACUCGCGGCCCGAGGUGCCGCCAGAGUCGCAGCUGCCGGGCGGCCCGGGCGUGACGCUGCGGGCGUACCUGGAGCUCAUGGAGCGCUGCUGGCACUCGGAGGCCGGCCAGCGGCCCUCGUUCAAGGAGAUUGCGGAGCAGUUCCAGGUCAUGCAGCACGCGGAGGCGGAGGCGGCCAGGCAGUCCCGCCAGAACGCGUCUCUGACCGCCACUCCGCCCCCGCCUUACGGCCGGCGCUCCCGCGGCCCCAGCGAGACGGGGCAGCCCGCAGCGGCGCCAGGAGCUGGCGGCGGUGUUGCUGCUGCUGAGGGGUCGGGAGGGACGGAGGCUCCUGUCGCGGCGCCUGGUAGUGGAGGAAGCAGCGGCAGUGGCCCGACUGUGGCGGCAGCUGCUGGCGGCGCUGCUGUUGCGGUGCAGCGACGGGCCGCCGGCCCUGCCGUGGCCGCCUCACCGUUCGCGGGCGCAGCUACGGCUUCCGUAGUCGCAGCGGCAGUGGCGGAUGGCGAUCCUGGUGUCGUGUCUGCCGCGCCGCUAAACAAUAACACUGGGGUCAGCUAUGCGCAGCCGCAGCAGCCGCAGCAGCGGUGUGGCAGCAUCCUGCCGCUUUACGCGAUGAGCCCAAUCCUGGAGGAGCAGAUCUCCUCGGGGACGCAGGCGUCGGGUGCCGUUGCGGCCAUGGCCUCCUUGGUCGCAGCUACAGGCAGCAGCUGCUUGGCCCCUUCAGGUGCCGCGAACGGGGCUGCUCUCAGCCCAGCUCCUCCUGCUACCGCAGCUCCUAGCUCGGCAUCGGCGCCCUUCCUGCCGUUGGCUCCGCUGCAGCCACAGCCGCAGCCACAGCAGUGCCAGAGCCCCUUUACCAUCGCUGCUGUCCACGCCCAACACCCUCCCCCUCACCCGCAUGUGCACUUUGCGCCCAGCCCGUUCGCAGCGGCGGCGGAAGUCACCGCGCAGCCCUGCUCCUCGCCGUCCUCCCCCUCGGCUGCAGCGCGCCAUCAGCAUGCAUCCGGCGCGGCCCGCACCUGCCCGCCCUCCUCGGCCUCAUCCACCGACAGCGGUGCCUUGCACGCUGUCGGCGGCGGAUGCAACCCCAACGGCGCGCCUAGUACGGCAUCCUCCUCGCGCCAGUCGUCUACAUCCACGUCUGGCAAAGCUGUGGGCGCCGCUGCCGCCGCUGCUGUGGCCGCAGCAGCUGCAGCUGCGAAUGGCGGUGGCAGCUCUGGUGGCGGUGCGGGUGCGGUCCGUCGCAUAGGUGCAGGGGCUCCGGGGGCGGCUUCCCCGCCGCCAAACCGUGCAGCUGCCUCCGGCGCCAGUACCCCUCGGGCUCAAGGCGGCGGCGGCAGUAACGGCGCAACACCGGCCUCGGCUAACGCUCGCAGCACAGCACCCCGCCGCGGCGGCGCGGCCAUGGGGGCGGCGCACGCAUCCCCUGCUGAGGAACCCCCAGCCGCCGCCAGCUCCUCCCCAGCGAAUAACACGGUGUGGGAGUGUCAGUCCGUCCCGGCAGGCGGCAUCACCGCCCUCAGCCCCUUUGCCGCCAUGUCGGCCGCUCAAUUGCAUGAGCUAGGCGCGGCCGCACCCCCUCCGGAAGCCGUAGCUCGGCCGCCGGCCAUGACCGUCUCCGCACCCGCGCCGCCCUUCAGCCCCUUCGCAGCUGCAUCCCAGCUGCACCCUGGGGGCGCUGCCGCGGCGACGGCCACGGGCACCGCCCGCGGUGGCGCUGGUCCCUCGGCUGCUGGAAACGGCUCAGCACCUGCCAGUCGCGCCGGCUCCAGCCGGCCUGGCGCUGCUGGCAUGAGUCAUGCCGCCUCAGCCGCAAGCAACCUAAGAGGACGCAUGCCCGGCCCGUCUUUCGGCCCGGCGCCCUCGUACCGUCCCAACACCGCGCAUGCACAAGGCCCGACAGGGCGCAGCAGCACAGCUACGCCCGGCCAUCAUUCUCAGCCCGGAACGCCGCCCCACCGCGGUCUGACGCACUCCACGUCCAACGCUCGUAGCACCGGCGGCGGCACCCCGGCUGGCCGCACCACCGGCGCCGUCGGAACUGCUACACGGCACACGCACAAUGGAGACGGGCUGGACAGCGCUGGCAGUCGCACACCUACCUUGGUCAGCCGUACGCCUAGCGUGUCUUCAACGGCUGCGGCAGCAGCAGCAGCGGCCGCAGCUGCGGCUGCUAGUGGCUACAACACGCCUUACUCCGCGGCUGGUAGCGGUGUGGAGUUCCCAGGGAGCCAUACGGAGUCACCCGCCUCCCAGCCUCGCCAGGUGUACUCCGCGGCGCACCCGCAUGUGGCCAGCACCGGCGGAGCGGCAGGUGGGAUGGAAGUUCACGGCAGUGCCGGUAAGCUGGGCCACCGCCGUACACCCUCUGGCGGUAACUCGCCAGGAUUCGGUUGCGGAGGCGGGUACGGCAGCGGAGGCGGCGGCGGUGCGACUGCGGCCGGCGUCUUUGCCCGUCGCAGCCGGGAGCCCCAUCGCGACGUUCCGUCUCCCACAACCUACACGACUGUUUCUGGCACGCAUCCUCGUACGCCGGUGGCGGCAGCCCGCUGCGGCCGGGCCUCCCCACGUGUGGCAGGUUCCAGUCCCAAUGCCGCCGCCGCCGCCGCCGCCAGCACCACCACUGCUACAGAGCCGCGGGCAGCUGCAGCCCCACGCGACGCCCGAAGGAAUCCUGCAACAGCAGCAGCAGCAGCCAGCGCGGGCGGGACGGCAGCCACCGGCAGCAGUCCCUCGGCGCCCUCCUCCUGCCACCUCAGUCGUCUGGGACACGGAGCCAGCGGCCGGGCACCCGCGUCGCCCCGUGUCGGCGCCCGUAGCGGGCCGAGUGCCUCCUCCUCGACGCAUGGCAGCAGCGGCGGAGUCAUCACCUCCACCACGGCAGGUGGCGGCAUGCCCGUACCCUCACGUAACCCCUCCCUGGCGCAUGGCGUGGCGCCUGGCCUGAGUCCGCUGCCGCCCGUACGAACCUCGACCUCCCGAUCGCUGGAUGAGGCGAACCUUCGCCGUCUGGGCCUCUGCAACGAUGCCUCGGGCUCGUCGCCGGCUGUCUCGGUUGAGCAUUCGCCGCGCGGCGCUACCUGCUCGGCAGCCGGCGGUGGCGGGGGCAACGGUACUGCGAGCCCUUUCGCUUUGGCAGCAUGGGAUGACGGCUUGGGCAUGCGCAUGAGCCCGGAGACGACGACCGAACUCCCGGACUGCUGCUUGCGUCAUUUCGGGGAGCAUAAAUACAUGCAACAGGAAGCGGGCAGGUCGGCGUCGGGAGCCGUGUCCCAUGGGUCGCACAACGAGUCUGCAGGGCUCUUGCAAACUGGAAGCGGGCCAGAUGCAAGUGCGCUUUCAUCGCAGCGGCUGGGGGAUGCUCUCAGUGGCAGGUCGGUAGCUGCAACCACCACCGUAGCAGCCGCUGCUGCUGCAGCGGCAUGGCAGCCUCCGCCGCUGCUGACGGGCAGCCCGUUUGCAGCAGCGGCGUAUGCUAGCCCCUUCGCCGCAGCUUCCACGGCUGCGGAGGACAUGGGCGCAGACACGAGUGGGCUUGAGUGCAGGCAGUCGGACGAUGUGACGGAGGCGCGCACGUCGCCAGUAGCACCCUCAGCGUUGCAGGCGGGUAACACCCUCGCAGGCGCAUCCCCGAACCACUGGGCGGUGUCAGGCUUCGGCUCCUACGCGCCGCUUGACACCGUUUCGGGUUCGGGACAAGGCCAAACCAGCAUUGCUGCCUUUGUUUCCUCGCCGCCGCGGCCGCAGCAGCAACGGGAGGCCUGGGGCGCCGCCUCCGGCACUGCUCAGCACGGGGGCCCUUCGCUUGCACACGGCGCCGCGCAACAUGUAGCUGCCUCACCGGCACGCCUCGCAAGCCCCUUUGCGCAGCAGGCGGCAGACGAUACGGCUUGGUAGGUUGCGGGGAACUAGGUAGAGGGGCGCUGUGCCUUGGGAGCAUGUAUGUAGGAGCAGGUCAUUAGGGGGUUACGUAAACGGUUGCCAACAACGGUGUUUGGCAACGGCCCUUGUAGCAGGCUGCUGUAGAAGCUUUAGGUGAGCUGGUGUGGCGGCGUUACCCUGACAGACGUGCGCUGUCGUAGUGACAGUGAUACCGACAGGUGGUUGAAACCAAACUGAGACGGUCCUGAAGGUCGAAGUUGUUGGGGUGCGAGUCUUGUGAACGUGCACGGGUGGGUUGUUAGGAGACACAGACUGACAGGCGGGGGCGGGGGCAGGGGUUGAUUCGGGUUGCACUUGGGGAGCGUGUUUAUGUCGUCUAAAUAAUGCACCAGAGCGCAUUGCACCCUGGCUUUCUUACAGAACCCUAGGUCGGAGUAAAGAUGCAGAGUGAUCGUUGUUAAUGAACAGCGGUGGUCUGUGUGAGUAUAUACGUGGACACUAGUACUGAGCGUGAUUCAAUGCUGCUGCAGCGUACACUCGAAUGGGUUUAUCUUUGCACGCAUUCCGGCAACAUGCCGAAGCGAUACAUGUUUGACACGUUUCGUUGCCGCAGGGGGCUUUGCUCCCUCUAGCCUGGCACCGCACUUCCCCAACAAGUGAAGAGCAUUGGUCUGAGCUACGACUGUGGUCACAGAUGCGUUGUGGGUCGAUGUUCUUGUGGGUUAUUUCUCAGUGGUUUUCGUAUUAUGGUAGGAUCUACAUGGCAGCGGCUUAAGAGUCUCGCCCGAGCCUUGCUUUCCACAAGGCAGUGCGCGACCUAUGUGCGAGUUGCUUUGUCUCCACUGACGGUUUGUGGGCGUCUGCAGUGGAGGGGUGGGUUACCUUGGACCUUGGGACUGGUGUUGCCUCAAACAGUCAAACUGCUGCACGGUAAGCUGCCGGGAAAGGCAGCAGAUCGCCAGGUCACUAGGAGAACAGGGGUCAAUGGUCUGGGUUACGGAGCUGAAAGGAGGCCGUGCGCCGCCGGGGAACCGUCGUGAGGAAAAGAAGGGCCGUUAGGCUGGGUUAUGCACGGCUGGUACAGACUACUGCAUUGCUCUUCCGAAGUCAUUCAAGGAAGAGGCCCCUGUGCUCCGCUAUGCACGUGUGGGUGGCUCCUGUUUGGUGUCGCUGCACUGCUCAAUGGCGCUAGGAGGUGUUGGGCAAGUUCUGCACCUGGACGGUUGCCGCAACAGGCUUGUCCUCGUUUGGCGCGGUAUGCCUGGAUAUGAUGUGGACCUUUAGGUCACCCUCAAAGCCUGCGGUAAGUUGUGUACAUGGCGGCUUUGGAAGGGUUCGGUAGUCCUUGGGAGGCCUUCGGCUCAUUGGCUGGCACUGGAUGUUGCAUACGGAGCUUGAGACAUUUACGCUGUGACCAUGCUUUCCCUAACGUUGUGUGCCAAAGGGUGCUGCGUGUGCGCUUUUUGACUAGGUCCUUCUGAAGCUGUUGACCCGAACCCUUGCUGAAUGUGACUACGCGACAUGACUAAAGGUACCGGUACCCUUUAGCCCAAAUUUUGUUAUGGGCGAGCGAACAUGUGGAAUGAUGGCGAUUGACGUCUAGCAAACGGGGCAUGUGCAAUGUAAUUUCCCUGGGGCAGUAGUUCAAUUGAUGUCGUACAUUUAAUCGCUUUACAAGAGUAGCCAGCUCUUCCUCCCAGUAACAGUGCUUACGGUAGGAGAAAUGUUGACCAUCGAACUGCAGCGCACAGUAAGGCCUUCAGCCUUUGGCGCGGCUCGACCGCGCCUCAUCAUUCCUCGACGACUAAAUGCUGUUGCGCGCCGUGUACCAACGAUAGCUGUAAAGGCUUCUGUAGAACCGGCUGUUACUGUCCCGAAAACGGUUAAGCCCGAACAAGAUGUGCCUGGCAUGACGGCGUUUCUUGAUGGCCUGAAAUGGGACAAAAACAACCUAGUAGCAGUCAUUGUACAGCACGUCGACACGGGGGAUGUGCUCAUGCAAGCGUUUGCAGACAGGGCUGCGAUCAGUGAAACCCUACAAACCGGCCUCGCCACCUUCUACAGCCGCUCCCGGGGCGGUCGCUGGUGCAAGGGCGAGACCAGCGGUCACUUCAUCAACGUGCACAAUGUCUUCACGGAUUGCGACCGCGACUCGCUCAUCUACCUGUCCGACCCCAUCGGGCCCUCCUGCCACACCGGCGCCAGGAGUUGCUGGUUCCGCGAGGUCCAGCUGCCCUCCGAGAGCGCCUCCCAGCCCGCCCCCCAGGUGGCUCAGGCGGGCGCCCACGACGCCGCCGACCACGUGCCCCGCACCACCCUGCUGGCGCUGGAGCGGACCAUAGCGCUGCGCCGGGCCGCACUGGCGCUGCCGUCGGACGGCUCCAAGCCCUCCUGGACUGCCCGCCUGCUCAGCAACCCAGAGCUCCUCUGCAAGAAGAUCCGCGAGGAGGCUGGCGAGCUGUGUCAGACGCUGGAGGCCGACGAGGGGCGCGAGCGGGCCGCCAGCGAGAUGGCCGACCUGCUCUACCACGCCAUGGUGCUGCUCAACCUGCAGGGUGUCGAGAUGGAGGAGGUGCUUCGCGUGCUGCGGAAGCGCUUCACGCAGUCGGGCAUUGAGGAGAAGGCGUCUCGGCCGCCCAAGCAGCACUAGAGCGGCAGUGCGAGCGUGUAGCAGUGACAGUGGCGGUCGCAGUGUGGCCGCAGCAAUGGCAGGGGAAUAACAUGAUGUAGAGGGUAAUUGGUGCGGUUUGUGGGUGUAUGGGUACGGAUGUUCAGGAAUGGCAUAUCGUGACUUGUGCGUGCGCUAGCGAGACAUUCUCUGGUGUGGUAGCUGAAUGUUACACACUUGAGAGGUUACACCUUCCCGGUACCUGUUUGCGUAGGCGUUGUUGGAAGGGAUGGCUUUCUGAGGUUAUGUAUCAGCAGAUAUUUGAGGGUUGCUAGCAGAGGGCCUGACAAGGCAGGCUAUUUGUUUACAAGGUUUUCGACGCUGACAUACACAGUGUCCCAGUCACUUCAAGGCUUCAUAUACACCGAGUUAAUGGCGGUCUGUGAUGAAACACCUAAUCCAGUCUUUACAGCAGUACGACGAAAGAGAAUAUGAAGAAUCGGGCAAUUGAGAUGAACUUGCUAAGUAACACUCACGAGAGUCAAACGCGUACGACGAAGCUUCCUUCUCUGCAAGGACUACAACCUUUUACCCACUCUGCCGCUGCCGCUGCAAAAAACCACUUCUCAGGUGCACAUCCGGGUACACUCUCAAACGCUAUACCACACCAACACUCCUCUCGGAAUACAUAUUCUACACACUCCGCUCACAACGCUCAUUACUCAAUGUGUUAGACUACAAAGGCGACCACUCACCUCCCCAACGACCAAACCCCUCUACACCCCUCACAAUCACAACAAGGCCGACCCACGGGUCACCUCCACCGCCAGCAGCCCCAC